GGCAUUGCUCUUAAAUAAAGGACAUUAGUGAUAGAUGAAAUGAAAUUGAUGAGGAGAAAAAUCAGUAUCAAUUGGCACAAAGGGAAAUUACAGUCUAGAAGAGCAGAGAGUACAAGUUAUAUUGAGCUGUCAAAGCUCCAUGGUCGAGAUAAGGAAAUGAAAGACUUAAUAAACAGUUUGUUGUGUGGUAGUAGUGAUCCAGGGCCAGGAGAGAGUGAUGCCAAAACCAUCUUUGUUGUAGGCAUGGGUGGUGUGGAAGUUUUUGAUGGGAACAGAGUUGCCGAGGAAAUUCUUGUUUCUCUUGAAAGUCUCGAUCAUGUUUCAGCUCGAGAUCUUGAUUCUGUUUCACUGCAAAUUCUUGUGGAGAAAAUUUGCAAAUCUAUUCAGAGGAAGAAGGUUCUUCUUGUUCUGGAUGACGUGUGGACAGAUAAAAGUAGUAGCUGGGAACCACUGAAUGUAGCUUUCAACCAUGCAGCACCUGAAAAUGAUUGUUGGAAAAUACUAAGCCUAGAAGCUUUUGUUGGAAGAACUGAGGAACAAUGUAAAAGUUUGGAGGACAUGGGAAGAAAAAUUGCAGAGAAAUGUAGUGGACUGCCACUGGUAGCGAAAGUUCUAGGAAGCAUGCUGCGUUUCAGGGAAACAAUAGAAGAAUGGGAAAAUAUCUUGAACAGUGAGGUAUGGAAUUUAGAAUUAAAAGAAGUUUUUGCCGCUCUGCUGUUGAGUUAUUGUGAUUUACGCUCAGCAGAAAAACAACGCUUUUUGUACUGUUCAAUCUUUCCAAAGGAUUUUGACAUCAAAAGAGAUGACAUGAUUCAUCAGUGGAUGGCACAAGGUUAUUUGAGCUCUAGUCAGAAUCCAGAGAUGGAAAUUAUUGGAGUUAGGUGCUUUCAGUGCUUGGUGGCACGAUCUUUCUUUCAAGAUCUUGAAAAACGUGAAGAUGGCAGCAUAACAUGUAAGAUCCAUGACAUGGUAGUGGAUUUCGUCAGAGACUUGAUGCAAAAUGAACUUGUGUUCAAGCUUCAAACUGCUGUAAGCCUGUAACACUUGCAGAGGAAACUCACCAUCUGUCGGUAGCACUGGCAGACCAUACACGUUUCCCUACUUCCAUUCUUGGUGCGGCAAAAUUGCAAAGCCUGAACAUCUUCAAGAUUGAUGAUGAAAAAGAAGAAGAAACUAAUCAGUGUUUGAGUAACUUGUUUAUUCAAGCAGAACAUCUGCGUUUACUGAAUUUCCAUGGUGGCACUGGUAAUAUUGGUGGAUUUCCUAAAGAAAUAGGCAAAUUGAUG